AUGAAGGCUACUUCUAUGAUUGCUCUUAUCCUUGCAGCUGCCACAUCUACUCUUGCUGCACCCACCCCAGCUCUAAAGCCGCUAGAACUCACCAAUCUCAACGCUGGCAUCUACAGUGCAUCUAUGCCCACGACUGCCCUCUUCUCAUUUGGCCUGAAAGACCCAAACACUAAUACCGAAACUACAUGCUCAGGCUAUUGGUCCAUUGGCAUGGCCGGAAAUAAGAGCUAUGACUGCUCCGAUAAGGCAUACCAGCUUCACCUCUUGAACGGAAUCUAUGAUAUCGAAAACUUCGAUCUUGGAGUAUCUCGCACCGACCGCUCUGUCACUGGACAGUCGACUGUCAAAGGAGAGGCGUGGAAAUGCGAAAAGCAGCAAUCCCCUCUAGAAGAGUGCAAGUGGGAUGGUGUUUUCAAAAUCGACGUGGCUGCUUGA